AUGUAUCGUUCAGAUGACGCCUAUAAUCAGUGUCCGCCCAUGGAGGCGACAAAGGUCAACUACGAAGAGGACAAAUCGUCACCACCACCAUUUGUCCCCAAGAAGUCCGACCCUGAAAUAGACGUCGAAUUAGCGGGUCCACCCCAUAAGCCCAACGAACCGGAACCACAAAACUCAGCCGAUGAGGGCGACCGAGUGCUGAUGAGGUUUCUAGCACCGAACCAGCCCGAGGUUGCUGCGACGGCAAGGGCUUCUCCUCUUGAGCCAUUGCCUGGCAAGAAACAAAAGCCACCGCCUAACUUUGGUAAUACACCAAUACAGAGCUAUAUCAAGAUGGAGCUGCCGCCAACGAGAAUCCAUGGUCAAGCCAGAAGCCACGAUCAAGCCCUCAGUAACGCAAGCUCAAAAGUUUCAUCUUGCUUCCAUAGUUCCAACAAAACCUUCCCGGAACUCAAGUCUCGACUCACCUUGCCCUCACUACAACUUAUCCAACCACCCCAUGGAACCAUCCUGGCGAAACACCCACAGAGCAACGACAACAGCCAGCCCCUGCCGUCUAUCUGCGAAGCCCUCAGCGUAUUGUCAGAUUUCGGCCCACCGCCAGUCAACACAAUGUCAUCACCCUACCCUUUCUCCUCAUGCCCCGAAUCAACAACUUCAGGGAACAGCUCCUCAUUCGACCGACCAUACCCGGGGAAUUACUCUAUCCCCACAAGUCCUUACUCUCAGAUCUCGCCGUUGAGUGUGAAGGACGCCUCCACCAACUCUCCUCUAGCCUCGCGGGCGUCCUUCUGGCGUGGAUACUCCCAGUUUGAUAUGAUGUUAGUCCAGAACCCGUACAAGGCUCCCCCAGCGCCUGUCAAAAUCCCGGCCACCGGUUAUUCGACGCGCACGGAACACGCUGGCGCCAGCAUGGGAGAUCGUGUCUCGCUUGCUUCGUCCACUUCCCGGGCCAACGAGAUAUCCGUGGGUAAUCACCAGUGCACGAUUCCCGGGUGUGCUGCUGAGCCAUUCAAAACUCAGUAUCUGCUCAAUAGCUCUCACGCAAAUGUGCACUCCCAAGACCGCCCGUACUUCUGUCCAGUAGGUGGAUGUCCGCGCGCCCACGGCGGAAAAGGCUUCAAACGCAAAAACGAAAUGGCUCUCGGCGUCUUGGGCGCCGUCCUGCGAUUUACCGCCCGUAUUCGACGUUUAGGCAAUCGUAACCUCCAAGUCGAUGACUAUCUUAUGAUGUUCGCGAUGGUCUGGUACACGCUACUAUGUGUUGCUCUAAAUCAAGUUGCUUCUGGUGGAGGAUCCAACUUGAUGACCGAUAAGGACAGACUACACAUGACCCCCCAGAACAAGGCCGAGCGAGUGGCAGCAAAUGGGUUUUCGUCUCGGAGCUGGAUUAAUUAUAUCGCCAUCUAUGUCACCAUUGGGUUUGUCGCUACAGAACUAUCCCUCUUCCUCACCUGCCGCCCAAUAACACAAUACUGGGCUGUCCCAACGGACAACUAUCAAUGUCCAUCCUACCAAUACUACGAGAUCAUCCAAGGCUGCAUCUCCAUCUCCGCCGAUAUUUUCAUACUUUUAAUCGCUAUCCCAAUGCUCGUCCAAGUACGCGUCCCGCUCAAGCAAAAGCUGAUCCUAGUUGCAAUAGUAACAGCGCCAAGACUGGAUGAGAACCUUUGGGGCACCAAGACUUCCUCUCUUCUUGGCGUCGGAAAGCACGUAUUCUCUCUUCGUAUCUCUUUUACUUCUGUCAAAAUAGGAUCGUUUUACAAGUUCCUUGCUAUCACAGCCCUACUAUCAUCGGCCGUCUUGGCCCAAGACCCGGGUCCAUCUCCCAGUGCUUCAAUCGGCUGUGAACCACACGGAGACCAUUGGCACUGUGACGGCCCGGCCUCGACUACUACUGCUCUGGGUUCAUCAACAGCAAGUGAAGUUGAGGCGACCACCACCUCGGCCGCUACAUCGACUACAUCGGCCACUGUUACCCCCACGUUGCCCAGUCCUACGGAAUCUGUGGGUUUCGAGCCGCAUAAAGACCACUGGCACUGUGACGGACCUGUCGAGACUUCUAGUUCGAGUGCCUCUGCGAGCGCUUCUGCCGGCGCAGACGAUGACGAGAAUGGUGUGGGCGCAAGAAAAGUGGAAAUGUUUCUGCUUGUUGGGCUGUCUGUUGUAGCUGCAGGUUUGGAUGUUUGA